UACGUACAAAGACGAAGGGAACAUUUCUUUUCAGGGCGGUUACCCUGUAUUUCGAUACGAAAGGCGAUGCGAUUCGAAAACUAAAUGCGAUUCGAUAAGCAAUUGAUACUCUAUAUUGCUUUCGCAUCCCUAACAGUGUUGCUUUUUCGUUUUCGGGUCUCUUCUUGCUUGAGUUGGCAUCACAGCCAAACAUGUCAAAGAAUACAAGAGCAAAACAAAGAAAAUAAUUACAAUUUGAGCGCUGAAAUUUCAAUAAUUUUUUGGAAAAUGGAUUCUCUGGCGUUAUGGAAUCAUACUUAUCACGAGGAAAGGAUUGAGAGGAGGCAUAUCAGAGACAACUCCAACAUACUGAGCUUGGGCGAUAAAAGUUUUAUCCAAAACUUCCGGCUCAAUAAAAAUGCGUUUUUAUAUGUUUUGGAUAACAUAAAAGCUGAACUAAAAUCUCCCCAAAGGUCCACCGCCAUCCCUGAAAUUGUAAAAGUUUCUACAACAUUGAAGUUUCUUGCCCAGGGCGGGUACCAACAGUAGUUUGGUCAAGACCGUCACGCAGAGAUGGCCCAACAAUCGGCUUCCCGUUGCAUUCUUGAAGUGUUUAGUGCCAUGGAGAAAGUGCUGUGUCCAAAGCACAUAGUGUUUCCAUUGACUGAUGAGGAAAACAUUAACGACAGCAGAAUAGAGCUGCAAAAACAUCGGAGCACUAUCGAUAGUAUCGAUGUUUAAAUAUUUUUUUGAAAACAUCGAUGUUUUUCUUACUAUCGAUGUUUUUAGAGGAUAUGCCAUCAUUGGAAAGUUUAUCCGUUGCUGAUUUGGGGCAGGCAAGAAGUAUAAAAAUUAAAGCGUAAUAAAUUCAUAACCUUUAACAGUACGCAAAAGCGUACCAAUAAGGGUUCAGGGAAGUUAUUACCAGGACCAAAAAAUUUAAGCUUACAGCCUGCUGUCAUACUUUUUCCUUACGAAAUAAUGGAACGGGCAUAUAUUUCUGUUGAAAA